UACAAGUCGGAUGGAGGAAGGAACAAAAGUCGCUCAAACUUGAAUUUUUAUCAGUAAUUUACAAGAAAAGUAAUGUAAAGUCUCGGUUUCAAGUGUUUUUAAUGUAAAAUGAGACUCAAAACGGAACAUCAACGGAUGAAAAUUUGGAUAUUUUUGCUGAUUUUAGCGAUUCACAGCUUUCAGCAAAUUACGUCGACAAAAUGGGACAACGAGCUCUCCAUGGAAUGUCCCUUUGGAUGCGCUUGUCAACAUACGCACAUGAAUGACUUGUCGGUAACUCGCUGGAUCAAUGGCAUGUCACGAAAGAAGAUGGUAGACACGGAUUUCGCUGCUGAAGACACAAAUGAUGCGAUGUUAGAAGAUGAAUUCAGUAACUCAGAAAAUCCUUUGGUAAAGAGUGCAACAUGUUUCUUGCAACAAAAAACGAAUGUUAAGGACUUUAUUGCUUCACUUCCAACGGAUUUGCAAGUUUUAGUCGUCUUAUAUGGCGGCGGGAAGGAAAAUAUUACAAUUCACACGAGUGAAAUUUCCGCUCUAACUGACUUGCGAACUCUUGAAAUUCGAGGAACGACAGGAAAAGAUCUUCAACUUGUCUUCGAUGAGCCUCUUGAGCACUUGAAACACGUAAAUUUGGAAGCUGUCGAGUUAUUGGGUAUCGAACAUGCCAAAAGACGACCCAAUUAUUCGACUUACAAUCCAUCUGAUCACUUUGACUACGUGCCUGAAAGUGAAAAAGUCGAGUAUAACAUGUCGCUGAAGAUUGUUUCGCCGCCCGAAGUUGAAAUUGUGCCCUAUGAAGUUUACCUUCUCGAGAAAAAACGCUCAAAAACAGUGACUUUUUAUGGAUGGGACUCUUUGGAAAUUCUUCGUAUUCAUGAUUGUCAACUUGAUGAGCUUUAUUGGGAGAUUUUUGAUGGUUUAGAAUCGUUACAACAUCUCAGUUUGGAACACAAUCAAAUAAAAAUCGUUCCUGCUUUUGCCUUUUUUGGCGCGAUGCACAUUAAAACUUUAUCUCUUGCACGAAAUGAGAUCCUUGACUUGAAUUAUCGAGCAUUAGCUGGCUUAUUGGAGCUUGAAGAGCUCGAUUUAAGUUACAAUAACAUGUCAAAAUUAAGUGAAUUAUCGUUUCCGCCAUUUCCCAAGUUGGAAAUUAUGGAUUUGAGACACAAUCCUAUUAAAUAUAUCUUCCCGAUGACCUUUGGAGUGAUGAAUUUCACGAGAAUUUUGCAUCUUGGCGAUGAAACAACCGCUUUGGAGCUCAACCAAGAGGAUCAUUUUGAACAAUUGAGCGAAUUACGUGAAUUGCGGGCCAUGAAUGUCUCUGCGGAAUCCAUAAAUGCUGAAAGUUUGAAGGGAUUAGUGUCGUUGGAGAAGCUUACGAUGCGUGGCGUGAUAAAACUCGUCGAAUUUGAUGCUUUUGCAGACAAACCAAAGUUACGAGAAUUAAUUUUAAGCGAUUGCAGCAUCGAAGAAAUCUCCAUGGAUACUCUUUUCGGUAUCGAGAGCUUACAAAUUAUCGAUUUGUCGAAAAAUAAGUUGACUUCCAUCCCUUAUGGACUGCUCGAUGAACAAAAAUCUCUCAAAGAAAUCUAUUUGCAGGAGAAUUUCCUCACAGAAUUGCCCAAUAACUUCUUCAGUAGUCUCACAUCGCUUCGUUUGGCACGUUUAACGGACAAUCCAUGGAAGUGUUCGUGCUCGGCAAUGACUUUAUGGCGUCAGGGCGUUACAAAUAAGGUUCGUGUCGUAAAACCCGCCACUCGAAAAUGUGUCGUGAGUAUGGAAAGUACGAAAAAAAUGGAUUGCAAAACGAUCGAAUCAUGGGUUGAAUACGUUUACGACAACAAAAUGUCGCCGCGAUGUGCUUCGCCAUCAGAAAUCGCAGGAAGAGGAGUUUAUUAUGCGAUUCGACGGGAUCUGAGAUGUCCUGUGAUGAAGGCAAAAAGGAAGGAAAACGACAAAAAAGUCAUCGAAAAGAAACGAAUCGCGAAUAAAAUGACAAAAACUUAUGUAGAGCGUCUUGCGGCAAUGAAUCAUCAUCCAUUGGCGCCCGGAAGUACGUUCGACGCGAAGAAACAUGAAAGACAAAAGGCACUUUAUCACAGUUUCCAUAACAAAUUGUCGCAAUCGAUCAUGCGAGAGAACAGCAUCAAAAAUUUCGACACAAAAACUAAAAAUUUUCGCAAGAUAGACGACCUUAACACACACAAAAAUGAUAUUUUCUAAAAAAUUUCUUUAGUUUUAGGCAUGGAGCGCACUUUGAGAACGUAGUUUUAAGGUAAAAGUUAAUAAAAUCGAG